ACAGAAGCAGCGCUUUCUUUUCUGAUGAUUUCAAGACCACACGGCCUGCGUGCAGCACCCUACUGAAUGAACGACACCAUCCGGCGGCCUCUGCGCUCCUGAAAGCGGGGCUGCUCACCUCACAGAAUACUGACUGACCUGGGCUAUGCACCCGCUGCAAUGAAGAUGUCCCCACAAGGCUGGUAGUGCGGUCUCUGCCCCUGCCGUCCAUGCCGCGAGAAGCGUCGGCGUCGCCCUCCCGCCCUCCGGCCGUCACUCCCUCCUGCUCAGGCCACCUUUCGUCCGGCGACAUUCAGCUGGAGAUCAAGACAGAAGCCGGCCAGCCGUCACCACCCGCCAUGCAGGUGGGCGCUGGCUCUCCCCUUUCUACUGAUGAUGCCCAAAGCGGCAGCGUUACGAGAGAGGAGGUGGACCGAAUGAUCGGCAGGAGGCGGCCGCGGGAGGAAGAGCUCGACGCCCACUCCACACCGACAAACAGGGCCAAGAAGGCGCGGCUCGUGGCCGUCAAGCAGGAGCCGGGGGUAGGGGGGGAUGGUGGGAAGGAGUAUGAGCCCUAUGAGGCUCCCCCCGCCCUCGCCGUGACCCCCAUGGCCAAGCCCCAUGACGGCGGCUCGCCCCACCACACAUACCCCCUGUCAAACCAGCUGAGCUUCCCCCUGGACGAGAGGCAAGGAGGUGGGUCGGAGGGGAGCCUGACGAGCCGUGUUGAUGUGGAUGCUGAGGGCGACAAGGAGGUGGCGAUGGGUCUUGAGGGUCAGGGAGAGGAGGAGGUGUUCGGGAAGGAGCUGGGAGAGAACGUCAACCAGACGACGUUCGGCCGCGUGCAGAGGAAGAGCCUCGAGGGGGAGCCCUUCAAGAGCGGCUUCAAAGGCGUCAGCUGGAACAGGCGCAUGAACGUGAGAAACACUCAUUGAGAUGAGGCCACACACACGUAGUGUCUUUUGUUCCUGUGUGGGUAUGUCUGAUUGAUCAGGCUUGGUUGGCAUUCUGGAAUGAGGACAAAGCUCGGCGAUCCAAGUCCUUCCCAACCAAGAACCUCGGCAUCGAGGUGAGAUAGGGAGGAACGGAGGGACGGAGGGACCAACACACAGAAAAGGCCUUCCUCAACACACACACACACAUAUUUGUGUUUGCUGUUGCUCACUCAGGGUGCGAGGCAGGCGGCCAUCUCGUUCCUGACCCUCAAGCGUCACGAGGAGGACAUCCGCCAGGCCACCAAGGCGUGUCUCAUCAGCAGCAGCAGCAGCCACCCCCCACCCCCUCACGAGCCACACCAGGCGCCCGAGAAUCUGCUGCAGCUGGCGUCCUCCAUCUGGAGCAUGCCCACCAGCCCCUCCAUCGUCCCACCCACACCACUCGCCGUCAAGGUCAAGGAGGAGCCUGUCGAGAGAGACGAGGUGCCCGUGACCGUCAAGACAGAGAAGGGCGCCGAUGUGGUCAUCAAGCGGGAGGAGAAGGAGGAGGAGGAGGAGGAGGGCAGCGCAGAGGGCAGCGCAGAGGGCAGCGCGAGGCAGCCGGCUGUCAUCCAGCCGUCUUUGACGAUCAACGAUGACGCGCUCAUGGCCCCUGCUGCCGAGUCGGCCAUCUGUGCAGCCGCCAGUGAUGCAGCAGCCCCACCACCAUCACCACCACCUCCCCCACCAUUGGCAGCGGAGAAGGCCAGCGGCGGCACAAUGCCGCCGCCUAUUCUGUCGAUCAGCGGAUCUCCCGUGUCGCCCUUCACCCACCCCUCGCCCCUGCAGCCCUCCCCUGCCCCAUCGUUCACGCCCACCGCCAGCAUCUACCAUCCCGGUACCGUCAUUCUGCCUCACAGGCUGACGCUGCCGUCCUUGGCCUCGCCUGAGGUCAAGCAGGAGGACAUCAGGGCUGCCGUUGACCACCAUCCGCCAUUGCGUCAGCUGCCGGUGCCGGGCGCCCAUGCGGGUGGUCUCCUGCGCUUCCUGACGCAGCACCAACCGAUCUCCAGAAGGCAUGACGUGGUCCUGUCGACGCCUGCACCGCCCGUGUGCGUGUCCGUCCCCCCGCCCCCCACACCCGUCACGACCACCAGCACCAGUCGGCUUCUCUCACAGGUGGUGCAGCAGCACAUCCAUCUGCAGAGGAUGCAGCAGCAGCAGCAGCAGCCGAGGACGCCUUCCCCCAUGCCCCCCCUCUCGUCGGCUGCAUCGUCCGGCCGAUCGUCAGGCCGCCCUUCGCUUCUGGGAUCGCUGGGCCAGCUGCUGCGGCUGGCGAAUCAGCAUAAGGACGAGGGAGGGCCGGGUGGCGGGACGCACCACCACAAUGACGGAGACACGACGACCGGUGGCACCCCCGGCAAUCAGUCGACGGACAACGACGAUGCCGAAGAGUUCGACCCCGACACCCUCUUCAAGGACCCCUCCCCUGCACCCGCUGCAUCUGCCUCCCCUGGCCGUGACUCUAUGGCCUCACUCUCGCGGCCGCUGGACGCCCUGACGCUCGAUGCCACUAGGAGGAACGAUCAUCAGGCCGGUGGUCACAGCAGCAUGUGGAGCGAGGGAGUUGGCGGUCUGCUGGGCGGUGCCGACAUGCAUGAUGCACCCAUGGAUUUGGCCGAUGGGAGGAGUGGCGAAGGUGCGAUGGGGGCGGCGGGCGGUGGCGGUGGGGGGAGUGGGAGCGGCUGGUGCGACUCGUGGAUAUAUUGAUGGGCUGUGAUUUGACGGUUCGAGAGAUCGAUGACCGCCUGCCUGCCUGCCGAUUUGAGUCAUUGUCACCCACAGCUUGUGAGUGAGUGAGUGUCAUCUAUGCUAUGCUUGAUGCUUCCUACGUUCAUACAAUACACACGAAUGGCUGAGUAAAUCGAUGCGUGUGCGCGUGGUGCGUGGUGGGUGGCUGGUGGAAGUGCGCAUCAAUGAGUGUCGCCCCGCCUCAGAAUUGAAUGGGUUCAACUAGACAAAGAGAGAGAGGCGGCUGUUUCGACGCGAAAGUUUGCUGCACGGCCACUGAGUGGAGUGGAUUUGUGCUGGUUCGUUGGUUGGUGUGCGUGUUGUGUUGCCUUGCCUUCAUGUCGUGUCCGUCUGUCUGUCUGUCUGUCUGUGGCUGCAUUGCAUACACUGUUUUUUCCCCAUCCCAUCAAUGCAAUGCAUUCAUUGCCCGUGUACAUGGCAUGUGUCAUGUAUGUGCAUGUGUGCGCGGUGCUGUUUUUGAUUGAUACGAUUUUUCCCAUUUUCAGUUCAAAUCAUGUUGGUUGCGUAUUCUUUUUCCCCUGUCUUGUCUGUCUGGGCGAUUGAUUGGUUUGGGUGGUUGAUUGAUUGAUACGGCGCGGCCUGGCGCGUGGUGUCGGCGGUGGGAUGAAUGCAGUCAGUGCGAUGCGAUGCGAUGCGAUGCGAUGCGUGGGUUGUGGAAGGGAGUGGGUGGUGUGAUGCUUUGCUUCCGGUGCAGCUAAGGACUGCUGCCGGUGUGCAUGCAAACAAACGGUGCGUAUAGAUAUUAUACAUGCCUGUGCAGUGCAUACCAUACGUCGGUCAUAGGAGAGCAGAUUGAUUGAACCACCUGGAUCGGAUUGGAUAACCAAAAGCUUUGAUGGAUGGGAUGUAGGUAGGGUUUCUGGCUUGCUUUGGCGCUGGCUGGGCUGCGGGGCUCGAGGAGGCCGGGGAGGGGGGAGGUUGAUGGAUGGGUGGGAUGAUGAUGAUAUAUGCGGCGGCCGUGUGCAUGGUGUAUGGUAUGGUGUGUGUGUGUAUGGAUGGCUCAUCUCACCUGUGUCUCACCUACCUCUGUCUGUCUCUCUAAUCUGGUCUGGCUGGCAAUUUUCCUGUCCUUUGCUUGCUUGCUGCUGCCCCUCUGCCUGCCUGGUCUGCCUGGUCUGCCUGUCUGUCUGCUCUCUGUACAGCUGCGUGCCAUAUUUUCACACAGAACCCCACUGCCUACCUCUUACUCGUCCCCUUCUCUCUCUCUGCGAUGCGUGUCUUACCUGCCUGUCGGUCUGUCUGUCUGUCGACGCGUCGUCAAUGCAAUGCUUCGCCUUUUGGUAUACCUGUCUGUCUAAGAUUCGUACACGUCCACCAUGCAUCACUCGUCAUCGACUCUCCCACCGUCCCGUCAGUAUGUGCGCGCGGGCGCGGCGCGGUGGCUGGCUGAGACACAUGGAAUGUACACUCACACACACACACACAUCGAUAUCCAUCCAUCGCAGGUAGCUAGGUACAGUCAGUACACCCACACCACCAUGUGCUUAAUUGCUGGAAGUUUGAAAUGUAUGGAUGGCCCCCACAGUUGUUAUGAAUGAAUGGACACAUCACGAUGUGCAUUGCAUUGACACUCGCUGUACAGUCGAUCGACACACGCUGGGUAAGGUAACUCUGUGUAGGUGAUGUUGGUUGUAUGUGUGCAGUUUGUGUGUGCUGCAUGCCAGUGCAUGGCUGCCCUUGAGCUAAGCUUGUGUGUGUGUGAUUUGAUGAAACAUGUGUAAUAGCUACGUGCGUGCCCUGUUGAUAGCGGUGGGCAAACAUAACAUGUACAGACUGCCUCGUCUCGCGUGUUAGUUAUGUGAUGGAUUGUCAAGUCAGUCAAGGCGGGAUGGCGUUUGAAGGAUCGAGG